AUGACUGACGGGCGAUCUGAUUUACCGGAUGCGGCGGAUCUCAAUCUUCUCACCGACCCCUCACCGCCAGUCCUCGACAAGGCCUCGUUUUCCAACGACGCCUCAACCCUGGACCCCGCCUUGGAUGACUUGGCUUCCUGGGGAUCCCGGGACAACGAGACUGGCGACAGCUUCGACGGCGUAAGAGAUACGGCUCAUCCGACACCGAUGAGCCCCUACGAGCCCUCCACUAGUUCGUCGACCCCCGGGCCGGGCCACGCUCAGAGCCGCACGGCCAAGUCGACAGCCUCCAACGUCGCGAACCGCUUCUCCUCGGAAUCCGUCAGGAUUUUGCGGCAAUGGCUGAAAGACCACGAAUCGCACCCGUAUGCCUCGGCUCACGAUGUGGAGGUGAUACAGGGCCGGACGGGACUCACUAAGCAACAAGUGAACAAUUGGCUGUCCAACGCCCGCCGGCGAUACAAAUUCCACACACCUCCUGUAUCCUCCCGGCUUGGUCGAGCCUUGACUGAAAAUACCUUCAGUGGGCAACCGCCUGUCGAUAUACCUCGAAGGCGGCCCACUCCUUCUCCAUUUGAGUCCAUGAAUCCCCUGGAGAGGUGGGAGAAUUCGCCACCUGAGCACGAGCCGGCCAGUGUCUCUGACAUCUCUCGCAUCGUGGCCGCCACCCCGGCAUCACCUGCCACUCCAUACUACCUGCGCGGGUCCGACUUUUCAUCAAGUGACGCCUCCUCUGUGAGUAGCGCCGGCAUCUCCCAAUCAAGCCGCGGGUCAGGCUCUUCAAAUCACACAGACAGCCUCGCAAAGUCACUCGGCACCCUGAAAGCAAGUCGGAAGAAGCGACGGAGGAUCCCGCGGCGCCAGGCAACACCCCGGACGAACCUGCUCCAGCAGUGCCAUACGUAUCAGUGCACGUUCUGCAUCGAGACCUUCAAGCACAAAUACGACUGGCAACGACACGAAAAAUCACUUCACCUCUCCCUCGAGAAAUGGGUCUGCUCGCCAACAGGGCCGACUGCACUGCAUCCGGACCUAGGACUCCAGGUCUGCGUCUACUGCGGCGCGGCCGAGCCCGGGCAAUCCCACGUCGAGACUCAUCACCACUCGGAUUGCCAGGAGCGCGCCAUUACACACCGGUCCUUUUACCGCAAGGAUCACCUCCGCCAGCACUUGAAACUGGUGCACAAGUCCAAUUUUAUGGCCUGGCCGAUGGAGCAGUGGAAGGCUGCCGGCCGCGAGAUCAGGUCUCGGUGCGGCUUCUGCGAUCGGCAGCUGGAGACCUGGACCUGCCGGAUAGAUCACUUGGCCGAGCAUUUCAAGUCUGGCUGCACCAUGGCUGAGUGGAAAGGGGACUGGGGGUUCGAUGCGGAGAUUCUCGAAAUCGUGGACAAUGAAAUGCCUCCUUAUCUCAUUCAUUACGAGCGCAUAUCUCCUCUUCCCAUUUCUUCCAUGAGGGGCUCACCCGAUACACCGCCCAGUGCAUACGAGCUUAUCAAGCUGGAGCUGGAGUACUUUACUCAAGACUGCCUCGACACGCGCGGGAUGCUACCCUUGGACGGCGAACUGUUGUACGAUGGAUGCUCCAUUAUUUUUGGUGCUGACAAUAUAUCCUCUCAGCCGGCAUCCUCGACACCGUCAUGGCUGCGGGACAUAUUCCUGUGCUCAGAAAAGUCGCAGGAGGCCCGGCUACUUCCCCUGCAGCAGAUUUCGAAAUCCCGGCUCAGCCAGCUGAAGAUCAAUGGAAAAGAGAGCAUCUUCGAUGAUUGUGACCUUGAGCUAGAAUUGUGUAGGCUUGUCACGAUGCAUAGUUCUGUGGGUGUGGAAAUGUCCGACUACCAACUGCAGGAAGAGGCGGCCAACAUCAUAUCCUACGUCGAGGCUUUCUCGCCUAGACCGUCCAAGAACUUUGCAGACUUCAUCUUGCGGCAAAUUUGGAGUACAACUGACUGGCUCGGGCUGUUCAGAGAACGGAGGAGGCUGCUGUUCACACAGGAUCGGGGCAAGGGACUUGAUCAAACCGCCAUGCCCAUCAUCACCGAUGUGGGUCCUGGGACACCAAGCCAGCAAACUUUCCCUCAGCAACUCCAAGGCAACCAUAUCGUGGGCCAGAAAGACCAAAUAAUGACAUUCAGCCCCAUGACGCUGCCAGGAAUGAACAUGGGGGAUUCACUCGUGCCGACUCCGCAACGCAGCACCACGAACGGCCCCAGCGUGCACCAACGCCUCCUGCCGACGAGUGCAAAUAUCGAACCAUCACAGCUCCAACAAAACAGAAAGGUGCCGUUUCUCCUAAUCGACCACAACAGCUAUACGAGGCUCGCUGCGGGGCUUGCUCGGUUCGUCACGACGACCAUGUCACCAAACAAUCCGAAUAGGCACAUCCCGACCGACCAGGAGCUGCAAUAUCAAGCGCGGUGGAUGUGGUAUGACGAAGAUGACCCCUGGAACCAGACGCCUGCAGACAAUCCUGCAUGGCUGGUAGAAUUCAAACGCGGCGUCGGUCUUCCCACCGAAGAUGCGCCAAGUGGGCCCAUUCCGUGAAGGCUGACACUUUCAGGCCAACCUAGGGUGUAGUCGGUCAGAGCUCGAUCUUCUCUGCGCCUUAGGUUUAGUAAUAGAUAAUGGUUUCAUCAACAUGCAACAAUAUCUUACCUACGCUUU